UAAAAAACCUUGCUCUAUAGUUUUUACGCCAAUUUGCAAUAUUAAAUGUUUUGUACUUUACUGGAAAAUUGCUAUUUUACUUUAAAUCUAUUUUAGAUUACAAACUGAGAUUAAAUGUAUUUUUCUUUUAACUGUUUCUAAUACAAAGGAAAACGGUUUAUUCCGUGUUUAAACCACAGUCAUACAAACAGAUCUGGACGCUCCUAUACCGAAAACGUAGGAGCAAGAGUAUUUGAGAGUAACGUAAGAAUUUCGUUUUUGCAUACAAAAGUUAUAUAUCCUCCUCAGUAAAUACUUCGUUUAUAACAACACUCGUUACUAAGGUAUUUGCGGCAUAGAUUGGAUUUAUUAUAAUUGUUUCAAUAAUAUAAAAUAACUAGCUAGUGAAUUUUAAUUAUAUUUCAAAAGAACCGCAAUAUCUUGCGCAUAUGCAGAACAAUAUCUGAUAUCGACGCCAUAUUGAUUUCUUUGUCUUCAUUUGACGGACACUUGUCUCUAUGCUUUCAAUAUAGGAGUGUCCAGACCACGCCAAACUACGGUUGUCCAGACCUGUAUACCUAUGUAUAUGAUCUUAUGUAUAUAUAGAGCGGUCAUAUGAACAGGUCUGGAGUUUCCAUAGUGGAAGCAUUGAUGAAACCAUCCGUCGUUUGAGUUAAAUAAAAUCAACAUGGAGGGUAAGGAAAAGUUUCGUUCUGCGCAUGCGUGACACAUAUAUACAUAUAUAUAUAUAGGCACUAUGAAUGUUUCAGCAAAGACAGAUACGUUGUAUUCAUCUCUGUCUAUUUCGCAGAGCAAGACCUUUUCUUGCCAUCUGUCUCCAUCCUUUUCAAUUCAAAAAACAGACGGUUUUCUCUAACGAAUGUUGAGACCUGUUUAUAUACCCGUGAACCGUGGUUUGUGCUUCAGCGAACAGUCACGUGGUUCCGCGAAAUAAGCCAAUCAAAGCGAACGUUGCAUACCACGUGAUCGGAAAAAUCGAAAUGGUGGACGUAUCGGGACGCAGGAUCCCGAGAGGAGACGAAGGACGAUAAACUGGGCAAGGGCCCAUCAUCCGUGUCAUCGGUAUUAUCAAUCCAAGAACACGAUUAUUCACGAUUAUUAGUGUAAUCUUCAGCAGAACCGGCGACAACUGAACUAACGCAGGAGUAUCGGUGACAGUAGACCUUGUUUACUGAAGUGUCAAUCCGCCCGUAUUGUACGUGUGUUCUCUAGGUGCGAGAAAACAGAAGAACAGUGUAUGUCGAGUGCGCGAGAGCCACAGCUGUAUCAUAUCGUUCUCUCGAUAGUACGUUUCUGUAACGGUUUAUAAGUAAAGGGGAUAUAUUUUAAAUAAACGAACAAAAAAAGAAGGAAAUUCGAAAUCGUGAAAACAGACGGCAAUGCGUUUACAGUGAAAUUUUCAGUCCGUGAUAGCAUGCCCAAGAAUGCGAAGGUUUUGAUGAUUUAUAAGAAUGUAAGAAUGUGUCACACCGAGCGUCUUGUUAUCAGCAAAGGAGGUAACAAAAGCAGCAUAUUCCUUGAAUAGACUUGCAUGUUUUCAUUACAUUCUUUAACGAUGAUAUGUAACAAUCAAUCGUUGCUGAUUGGUGGUGUGGUCCAUGACCCGCCAAUCGGCGUCGGAAGACGGUUUUCCUGCGAAUGUCAGCCGUCAGGUCCGAGGCAAUCGGUAUCUGGGGAACGUAUGUCGUUUUUCGCAAUCCUUUGUGUAUCCAACGAAUGAUCGAUGUGUUACGAUUACCGUUCACUCGAGAUUAUUUAGAAUAUUAUUCUACACUGUUCCUUCUUUUUGUGUCGAGAUAAAUCCGCUACUGUUUAAUUGAAAAAUUACCAGCAAUGACGAAAGGAUUUAGGGGGAUAUUUUUAAAUUCGGUGAACACAAAUUCAUAGAGAAAAAACAAAAAAAGGGAUUGGGAUUUUAAAGUAACAAAGAGACGUAUAGAUAUAAUCUUUUUGUUUUAAGAUAAGAUACUUCUUUAACGCACAAAAGUUCUAUAAUACGUACAAAUGCAAAUACAUCUGUAAUCUUUUGCAAUAAGUGUAUUAAAAUACUCAAAUGGCAUGAGGAUGUUUACAAAACAUUGAAAACCUUGGAUUAUUGUCUCAGUGGAGAUACUGAGUUACUGCCUGCCAACAAUAGCACACCUACACUCUUUGCAACUAUACAGUAAAUGUCAUGAUAAAAUAUAAUGGCUAUCAGAAAGGUUUUGUUGGACAUUCAGUGUUAAAUACAUGAUAUCUGAAUUAAACACAUCAUCCUAUAAAUUCAGAAUACUCUAAUUAUUGAAGAACAAAAUCAACAGGAUUCUAUAAAAUUGACUGAAUAUAUAAAUUUAAAACAAAACAAAGAAACAAUAGAAUAAUUUUAAUGAUUCUGUUUUAUUAUACAAAAAGAAAGGAUAUAUUAAUUUAUGAUUACAAUACUUUGUGGUAUUCUGUCCUAUUGAUGAAAUAAUAUGGUAAAAUUAAAUGCGACCUUCAAGAGAAGUUUGGGAGUACUUUAAUUAUUUCUGUAUGUUAUGUACUGCAAUGAAAGAAAAAAUACAAACUUUUAUUUUGUUGAACCAAUUCAUGAUUAAGAUUUGACAUGAUAUAUAUGUAUAUAAAUAAAGUCUUUUAGUUUAUGAAUAUUGGGUAAUUUUGAGUGCAUUUGACAAAUUUAAAUUAAUGUAAAAAUUACCUGUAAAUAAAUUAGCGAAACUGUAACUGAUUAUUUUUAAACAAAAUGUAUAAAAAUUAUUUUAAACGUUUACAUCAGUGGUUGUACAUAAUUGAGAAACAAAAAGAAGAAGAAACAAUACAUUUGAAAUUUUGCCUGGAUGAUAGAGGACAAAUUUGUUAACCCUAUAUAAAACAAGGGUUAAAAAAUGGACAGUUGUAUCUCGGGGGUAGUGCAAGUAUUUGUGGGUGAAUGGAGCCCAGAAUAUGAAGCACUUUCAAUUAAAGCUACAAAACAAACUUCCUCAGCUGAAAUAGUGGAGUGUAUUAUAGAGAGACUUGGAUUAGUUGAUGCAUCUGUUUCAAAUGGUUAUGAGUUAGCAGAAGUAGUAGGAAACUCUGUUGGCCAAGAAUGUAAAGAAAGAAGACUUGGGCCAUGUGAGUGCCCCGUGGCACUUAUGUUAUUAUGGCCAAAAAAUGCAGCGCAACAAGAGUACUACAGGUUUUACUUGCGCAAAAAACAACCAGAUUAUUUAUGGUCAGAUAGUAGGUUUCCCAUGGAUCCACAACUCCUCAAGGACUAUUUUAAUAGAUUCCUAUAUCAACCACGAGAUAAGGAGUAUCCAGAUCUAUGUCAACUUCCAGAUCUUAAUGAACAAACUCUAUUGGACAACCUUCGGGCUAGGUUUUUAGCUGGAAACAUAUAUACAUAUGUUGGAAGCAUAUUAAUUGCAUUGAAUCCGUUUAAAUUUUACCCUAUUUACAAUCCAAAAUAUGUAAAACUCUAUCAAAAUAGAAGGUUGGGGCCAGAUAUACCUCCACAUAUAUUUGCCAUAGCUGAUGCAGCUUAUCAUUGCAUGCUUAAAGAAAAAAGAAAUCAGUGCAUUGUUAUUAGUGGUGAGAGUGGCUCGGGUAAAACAGAGUCAACAAAUUUUCUACUGCAUCAUUUGACAGCACUCAGUCAGAAAGGUUCUCAUGGUAGUGGUGUUGAACAGACAAUACUCAGUGCUGGUCCAGUACUAGAAGCAUUUGGAAAUGCAAAAACUGCACAUAACAACAAUAGUAGCCGUUUUGGUAAAUUUAUCCAAGUGAAUUAUAAAGAAAAUGGAAUGGUCCAUGGGGCGGUCGUACAAAAAUAUCUUUUGGAAAAAUCAAGAAUAGUUUCUCAAGGAAGAAAUGAAAGAAAUUAUCAUGUAUUUUAUUAUCUUUUGGCUGGAGCAAGUGAACAAGAAAAGCAACUUUUGCAUUUAGAAAGUUGCGACCGUUAUAAUUAUUUAAAUAAAAGUGGUUGCUAUGGACUAGAAAAUGUUGAUGAACGACACGAAUUUUCAAGGUUGAAACAGUCUAUGGAAAUGGUUGGAUUUACGCCAGAAAAGCAGAGACGAUUGUUUGCAGUUCUGUCAGCUGUUCUUUUACUUGGUAAUGUGGAGUUUCAGCCUAGAAAAUCUUAUCACCAUCACGACGAAGCUGUGGGAGUUAAAAAUCCUGAAGUUGUUGCAUUGAUAUCUGAACUUCUUCGAGUAAAACAAGAAACUCUUUUGGCUGCACUUACUGCUAAACGUGCAAGAGCGUCUGGAGAAACAUUAGUUAUUAACUAUAGGCUUCCAGAAGCAAUUGCAGCAAGAGAUGCUAUGGCUAAGUGUUUAUAUGGAGCUCUAUUUGAUUGGAUUGUGCUUCAGGUGAAUCAUGCUUUACUUUCAAAGAAAGAUACCCUCAGAGAUCAUCAAGGCAAUAGCAUAGGUGUAUUAGAUAUCUUUGGUUUUGAAGACUUUAAAAUGUGCAAUAGCUUCGAACAGUUAUGUAUAAAUUAUGCUAAUGAACAACUACAACAUUAUUUCAAUCAGCAUGUUUUCCAAUAUGAACAACGAGAGUACAGAAAACAGGGGAUUAGGUGGACAGAUAUAGGCUACAGUGAUAAUUCAGGUUGUUUAAAUUUAAUAGAAGGGAAACCGAAUGGCCUCCUUUGUCUUUUAGAUGAUCAAUGCAACUUUCCGGGUGCAACGAAUGAGACACUGCUACAAAAAUUUAAUACAGUACAUAAAGACAAUCCAUUUUAUGAAGCACCACAACGACGUGAAGCAGCCUUUGUUGUACGUCAUUAUGCAGGAUCUGUUAAGUACCAAGCUGCUAAUAUGAGAGAAAAAAAUCUGGAUUUAAUGCGACCCGAUGGUGUUGUUGGUGUAUUGAAGAAUUCUUCCCUUGCUUUUGUUCGAGAAUUAGUGGGUGCAGAUCCGGUUGCGGUAUUUAGAUGGGCAAUACUUCGAGCAUUUUUUCGCGCUCAUUUUGCUUUCCAAGAAGCUGGUCGAGCUCAUAGACAUGGUCGAGCUGAUGGUACAAAAACAUCUAUACAAAACAGGUAUAGGACACCGAACGAGAAUUUAAUAAGUUUGCACAAACAUAAUCGUCCACCAAGCUAUCAGAAGCAGCGCAGUGUCUGCAUACCAUCAACUAUACCCAUUACCACAUUAUCUUCUAUACAACUCGAAAACAACGACAAUGUAAACAACAACCGAUUGUCGUGGCCACAAUCUCGAAACAUUAAUCAAACGCAACACCCGACAAAUGUAACCACGAUGAAGGGUUACUUAAUAAGGGGCAGGGAAGACCAGCCUCAUAGUAAUAAUAAACUCAGACGGGAUACUCAUAACCCGCUAGAGAGGGUGCUUCCAAAAGACGAAGCAAACGUCAUGGAACGCGCUAAUCAAAUAGUCAUGAAAAAUAAAUCAUUUCGACCAAGAGAACGGGGUAAGAAGGGUCUAAAAAAUCUACAAACUGUGAAAACACUUGCUGGAAGAACGCAAAGUUAUGGCUCAGGACCUGGAAAAGCAAGAAAGCAGCCUAUGACAGUAUCUGCACAAUUUCAACAAAGUCUGCAUAGUCUUAUGGAUACGUUAAACCAAGCAAACCCUUUCUUCAUUAGAUGCAUUAAAAGCAAUGCUAACAAGGUACCAAACGAGUUCGAUGAAGAAACAGUGCAACGACAGUUAAGAUAUACAGGAAUGUUAGAAACAGUCAGAAUAAGACAAGCUGGAUUUAACGUUAGAUUAACAUAUGAAGAAUUUAUUCAAUUGUAUAGAAUGUUAUUACCUAAGGGCUUAUUAAGUUCUCAGUCUGACGUUAGAGAUUUUCUAUUGACACUAAAUUUAAAUAGAGAUAAUUAUCAACUUGGAACAACUAAAGUGUUUCUUAGAGAAUCAGAAAAAAUUAAACUAGACAUUGAAUUACACCAACAAAUCAUUACAAGCAUUACAACUAUACAAAAAUGGUUCCGUGCGUGUUUAGAAAGAAGGAAAUUCCUUAGAUUGAAAAAUGCAGUUGUGCAAAUACAGUCAUUUUGGAGGAUGGUCAUUGCCCAAAGAUUUGCACAUUCUUUACGUACUAGAAUCGAGGCUGUCAUUCACAUCCAGUCUGCUUGGAGGGCAUAUAGACAGCAUAGUUGGUUUAAGAAACUUAAGUCCUGUGUAAUUAUGUUUCAAGCUCAUAUUCGCGGUAAUAGAGCGAGGAAGACUUUCGCAGAAUUAAAAAAACAGAAAAAAUUGCUUGUUGAUAAAAUCGGAGAGUAUAAAGAAACUCAAAAUCAAGGAGAGCUUGUAUAUGAUAACAGUAAGGUAUAUCCUAGGCUCAGGAAUAGCGAAGAGUCACUCACAGAUCAGGGCUUGUUGGAAUUUAAUAUGAUUCGUAAAACGGAGUCUCAGAAUCGUCUUACGUCAGCAAGAAUGGAUAAUGUACUUCGAGAUAGUACAGCUGAUACGAGUAUGUCAUAUUCAAAGCGUAAAAUUAUACCAAAUACAAGAAUAUUACAAGAAUCUAGCUCGAUCUUAAGAAACACGGAUUCUUUUCCUUCGGAUGAAUUUAAUGAGCGUAAAAGCAGCUUGGAAAGUUUGACUAGUUUAAGAAGCUAUGAAUCUCAAGUGAGCAACAGUUCUGAAUCUCAAGACAAUUCUUAUGGCAAACCGGUACCGAGCACUAGAACGAAACGCUGUGAUCAAUCUCCAGUAGUUGCCGCAAAUACAAACUUAGUAAAUACUUCGAGCCGAUUGUCGUCUGUUAAUAAACGAGCAGACAGUUCAUCGACGGGAUAUAGCGAUGGAGAAACUGAUACAGAAAUUCCGAGUACAGUACAAAGUGCUCCACCUGUUUUUAACACAACUCCAUCAUUUCCAAGUCCACGAGAAAUUACAUACCAUCAAUCUAACAUGAGUUUAACGCAUAGUCCAAAUUCAGACGUCUGGCGUCGCCGAGCAGACUUUUCUUCGUCCAUUAAUUAUAGUGAUUAUUUACUGCCUGGUCCUCAAAAAUCAACCUUGACGCGUUCUGCAAACGUUUCUCAAUAUAAAAGUAUAGCGGAUAACAUGUUCGAGCAAGUGCAACAAGACAAACCAAACGAAGCAUCGAAUUAUAAUGUGAAAUUGGAUAGUGACCGUUUUAUUCAUAUGGAUAGUUCAUCAGCUAGAGAACAACGUCGAUUAAGUGAUAAUAGUGUACCGAGCGAGCGGAUUGAAAGCGUUCCAGUUUCACCUAUCAGACGUGAUCAUGGUUAUGGCCACAGUAAAGAAAUGAAAGAUUUUAGUUACUUAAGAAGGCAAAACUCGGAAGGAGAUACAUCUAUGAAAUUAGAUGCUGUGAACGAUGAAAAUGCUUUAAAAAGUCCCUUGUUGAAAGGAACUUCGCCCAAGGAGAAAAAUUCGAAACCAAAGGAAAAAUGCGAACCCGACGUGCCUGUCAGAAGUGCCAGAAGAAAUCGUCCCACUCGGGAAGUCCAGUGCCGAUCUAUGGGCGAGAGUGUAUCAGAAACCAAUAGUGGAGAAACCAAAAGUCUAUUUUUGGGUACAAUCAAAGAGAGUGACCUACAUAAAGCAACAACUAUUAGGCCUCGGAAAGAUAGUCCUCAUGAUACACCAUCCAGAUCGAUAACAGAUUGGCCUGUAAACAAAAAUGAAGCUGCAUCGAAGACACAACAACCUGGAAAGCGCAUGAGAUCCAACGCUAUAACAACACUAGAGCUGAGGAGAAGAAACUCGGACCCGGCGACUAAAAUAUCAGGACUUAGCGAAGACAAACCUGGAACUGAUACAAGUCCCAAUGACCUAAAACUCGCACCUGGAAUGAAUCUAUUAGAAUGGAAAGGCAAUCUUUUCACGUUAGCCGGUCAUUGUUUUAGAAAAGUAGCAAGGUUUGCCAAAGACGAUGUGUGCGUAUGUUGCCACGAAAAGAUGGAUGCAUUCGUAACACAGGGGUACAAAUGUAUUGACUGUAAACAAUUAUACCAUGUCAAAUGUAUUCAGAAUGGCGGAGUACUUAAAAUGCCAUGUAUAUUAGCGAACACUCCAGGUAGGCGAAAACACAGGAAACCACCACGAACGCCGUAUGAUGCCUCGAAACAAGUAGUGGUAUCGAAAUUCAGCUUAACCGGUACAUCCGCUUUCUCUGACAGUACCGAUAAGAUUAUAUCCGACGCAAAAGAGUUAGCUCUCAUGCAAGAUUUUAUUACGAAGAAGAUAUACGUAAUGGAAGGACAAGAGGAAGGCAGGAAGCCAAGCGAAGUCGAUCGUGUAUUUAGGCAGGCUUUGCGUAAAUUUAAAGACGACCUAGUGAUCACUUACAGCGUUGCUAUUCAGCAAGGUGUGGAAGGCAACAUCAAAUACACUGACUUAAUUGCAAACUUUUUACACGUAAUAGAAACAGUCUGCAAACAAGAAAAUACCAGUGAAGAUUUUCCCGUGACGAUGGGAGUAAAUGCAUUUAGAGGAUUCAUGAAUGAAUUUAUGACUCUAGUCAAAACAGAAGCACUGGAGAAACAGAGUAAAAGCAAGCGUAAGAAGGAAAAGAAACGAAAACAUGAAGAACCAAUACGUCAUGGUAAUCAUAUGUUCCAGUUAACUAUUAUAAACAUCCCUACAGCUUGUGAAGUAUGUACGUCUUUCUUUAUGUGGCCUAUCGAGCGAGGACUUGUCUGUCAGAAUUGUAAGUUAACGUGCCACAAAAAGUGUUAUAUAAAAGCAUCGGCAGAAUGCGGAAAGGAAGCGUCGCACGAAAUGAACUCACGGAAAAUAUUCGGUGUACCGUUGUAUAAAUUGGACUGUGGUGACGGUAAAGUACCGAUAGUGGUAGAUCGGUUAAUUACAACCAUAGAGAUGCAUGGUCUGUAUACGGAAGGUAUAUAUCGAAAGAGCGGUGUCAGUUCCAAAGUGAAGGAAUUAAAAGUGAAAAUGGACGAAGGUGAUCUAGAGAAAGUGGACUUUGAGAAUUAUCAAGUACACGUGCUUGCAGCAGUAUUGAAAAGUUUCUUUCGAGAUAUGCCAGAGCCUCUCCUCACCUUUGAGUAUUACGAUGAUUUUCUGCACGCUGCGAACUUAACGGAUCACCGGGAUCGAAUCAGUACGCUAUUUGCAAUUUUGAGGAAGCUGCCGAAGCCAAACUUCGAUUUGAUGGAACGACUGAUUGUUCAUCUAGCUAGAGUAGCGCUUCAUGAAGUCGACAAUCGAAUGUCUCCGUCAGCCCUAGCAAUAGUCUUCGCGCCGUGCAUUCUAAGGACGAAUAGGACGUUGCCCGCGCAAGAUUCUUUACAAGAUGUUGGCAGGCAGACUUGUUGCGUCGAAACGAUCGUACAAGAGAAAUUGAGGAUCGUGCGAACAACUUUAGCCGACAUAAAUACACUCGAAUCCGCUUGUCAUACGGCGACUUAUCGUUUAUCCAGUUUACGAUCUUCGAAAAUCUUCAGCCCAGAGGAGUUAAACGCGGCGACCCCAAGUGUAACUGCCAGAGGUGGUACUACAGAUCGAGAGAGAGAUCGAGGCGAUGAAGAGGAGGCGCUUCUCGUCGAUCAUAUACAGGAAAUCCAAAAGGAAAAGGCCCUACUAACUUCAACUCUUCCCAGCCUAACGAGAGCUUCUUCAGACGACGACCUACUUCUAUCUGCCACAGACUUGGACGAUGGAUCUCUCGAUGAUCUUCUUCCAUCUUCUGCCGACGGACUCGUAAGAAAGAGACCUAUCCAGAGGCAAAGUUCCGCAGACAAUGCAUUUCCGACGAUCAUCAGUGUCGAUGAAGACAUGGUAAUGGUAUGACCAUCCACGAUAAACGUUACCACGAAGAAUGAUGAUCGUCAAGUGUAGCAACAUGACACACGCUGUGAAGCGUUGACUGACGGCAGCGAAUCGACGAGUCUUACUUCUGGUCUCAUCGGCAAGCCGCUAGUAAUUUAAAUAAGUAGUAAACACGAUAUUAGGUAGGUCUAGUAAUUUGUUCCACACGAAGUUCAGCUGAUAAUUCGAUCAAACAUUAUAUAUAUAUAUAUACUUUAUAUAUAUAUAUAUAUAUAUUAUUUUUUCCACUCUGUCGCAAAGCUUUCAGGGGUUUCUAAAGAAUGUUUAACAAAUUACGCGAAUAUAUAGCUUCACGUGAAAUGUAUUAAAUAUUCAUUUUAUAAACUAUUUUUCUCCUGGAAUGCAUUCCUUUUAUUGAAGACUGUGUCAAUCAGGCUAGAUAUCUUGAAAAUUCCAUCGAAGCAGAACAUUUACAUUUUGUAGGUAUUCUAUAGUAGAAUAUCUCUUCAUUUUGAUACAUCAUGUUUCAUUUCUCUGUACCAUCGACGUGAAGAGUUAUGAUAGUUAUCUUGUCAAGAAAAACGGAAAACUAGACAAGGAUUAUCGGUUGUUGUUGCAAAUGUUUAGUCGCAUUUAAAUUCUUCUACUUCAAGUUUUUUAUCGGUUCGUUUGAAAACAAUCUAUGCUUGUUCUUCGCUCUUCUUACAGAUUUUAUAGACUGUUGCGUGAAUCAACACGAUAAUAACUACUUUUUUUUUUUACUAGAAAAGGUGCAAGUUCAUGCUGAGUUUUUUGUCAACUGCAGGUUUAGAAAGGAAGGUAUUCGUAUUGUUUCGUUAGCAGAAUAAUGGAAAAAGGACGAUGGAAAAGACGGUGUAUAGAACAAUAUCAUUGAUCGUUGGCUUGAAAAGAAGUGAUAACGAGUCACCUCGUCAGAUUUUGUUUUUGCCAGACAUAUUCCGUUAACUUUGUUUUUUUACAUAGAAUACUCGCGCACGCGAUGCAAUAGAUAGUUAUCGAAUCGCUGCUUCAAGCAAGUGAUUCGAAUCACGCGGAAAGAGGGAAAGAGGAAACCAAAUUGUAGCUUGUACAUAUAUUAUUAGGUUAUCCGAGAAGUUCGUGCCAAUUUUUAUACCGUUGUUCCGAUCAAUAUUUUAAUCGUAUCUUUGGAUGCUAUGAAAAGCGUAAUCAACCAAUUUCUUCCACAGCUUCUUUUGUUUUUCCUUUAUUUCCUCCUCCUUUUUUUCUUUCUGGCAGAAACAUAUUAAUCAUUAAUGAUCUUUUCUAAUCUUUCAUUAAAAUCUCCCUUGAUAUUACUUUGCGAUAUAUUGAUAUUAUUAUAUAAAUUUGUUUACCCGUUAAAAAGUAUUUUUCAUAGAGUGCAAUUCUAAUUUUUCUCACUAGAAUAGCGAUUCGUUUUGGAUAAUGCCUAAACAUACCCGUACAAUUUUAGGUAAAUAUAAUGCGGCGUAAACUUCUCGAGUCACCCGAUAUAUACGAUAAUGAGUAUCUCGUAAUAAUCUGUUAUUAUUGUUAUCUUUACGAGAGUCGUUACCAAGAUUAUUUCUAUUGUCGAUAUAUGCCGUGUAAGGUUUAUGCACGCCUAUAUUCCGUUGAUAAAAUACAUAAAACGCAAACACACACACGGCCUGCCAAUUAUGUACUUUCGUAUCAGUUUUUACUUAGGCUACUUUUUUUCAUACAGGGAGACUCCUUUAUAUACAUAAACGCGUUCGAGCGAAUACGUACUAAUGUAUAGAUAUUACAUAGACACACGGAUUACACAUACACGUAGAAAACAUUUGUAUACAGGAAUACUUAUGUAUAUACAAAGACUUUUUUUGUAUGCACCGGACUGAGCAGACGGUUUUUUUUACUUGAGAUUUAUUACGAUUUCGUUUUAGUUCCCCUGUCGUCCAGUGCCUUUUUUCUUCUUUUAUUUCUUUCUGUCUUUUUUUUUUUUUUUUUUUUUUUUUUUUUUUUUUUUUUUUUUUUUUUUUUUUUUUUUUUUUUUUUUUUUUUUUAGUUUCCGCUUUCUUUAUGCUCAUCUUCCCCCUUUUUUUUUAAUACGCUAUAGCGUACAGUUGGUCUGUUUUUCUGUCGUGCGUCCUCGUGUCAGACUCGAAUAUCCAACAAUUGAAAGAGUCGUGAAGUUAUUCGAGCGAGACGUUGGAACAAAAUAUUUCGAGGUCGCGUUUCGCGAAAAGUAAAAACAAAAAUAGGAAGAAAGAAACAUUAUUUUUAUUCCAACAUCUCUAAUUUAUCUAGCUUUUUUUAUUUUGCAUUUAAUUGAAAAUUCCAUCGUGCUAUUUUAAUUUUAAUUCGACGACAAAGCGUAAAAAUUUCCCACCAAUUUCAUAUUUCAGUUAUGCUUGUGUUCACCGAAUUACCAAAAUCAUAUUCCCCUUUCCCCUCCCUCCCUCCCUCCCUCCCUCCCUCUGUUUCGGGAAAUUAAGAAUAUUUUAGAAUAACAUGCACUCGAUUACUUUACUUUUUAUUACUUUUUUUUUUUAAAUCGAAAUUCCUUUCUUUUUUCACCUAUGCCCCACGAUUUUACCGAUAUUUCGUUAGCUCGCUGUAAAUCUCGUUGAACGAUCGGCCACGACAGAGAAAGGAUCUUGCUCGCGGAAAAGAGGUGGGGAAAUAUUUAUGCGGUAUACAUACAUGUUCCAAGCUGUAGAAAUAUGUUUUAGGAACGCGUUAUGGAGCGAUUUGAACGGUCGAAUCGAAUCAUUUCGCGUUGAAUUACAUCGGAUCGCGCGUGACUUUUAUCCAAGUAACUGUUAGCAUUAAAACGGAGAAAUUCAGAGAAGGGCACGCGACUUCUUUUCUUUCAAAAACGUUGCAAUUUCUUCUUGUCUUUUUUCCUCUCUUUCUUCUUCUUCUUUUUCUUCAUCGACUCGCGAAAUCUACGUAAUUCGUGUCACGUUCGUUUUAGAAUGAUCGAUUAGCGACUUCAACUCUUUUAAAUGUCCAUGUUCAUGUUUCGCGCGUCGUUCUUUUUUAACGCUCAAGCCGAACGAGCGUGAGAUCUUUCGUUUUACGGUUGAUCGAUUUUUACACUGAUUAGGAUAGGAUCGUUGUGACGUACGUUUUGUUCUACUACGCAGAUUGCAGUAGUAGCCUGUCUUUUAACGUUGAAAUGUUAUUGCAUUUUCUCGAGUUCGUGACAUCUGUGACGUUGGCCACGGCCAUUCGAACGAAUUCUAUUCGAUCGGUCUCUUCCUCUAUGUCGAAACAAUUCUUCGUUCGACGCGCCUUGUGUUCUGUAAUCAUCGUGAAAGUAUCGUGCAAGAGUAUACGGAUUUGUAUGCACGGGCGCGUACAUUAUCGAUCGAUAAACAUACGCGUUAUUAUGCAAAAGGUUCCUUUAUCUUAAUCAGUAUUAUUCACCCUUUUACCUACGAUACGCCUCACGUACACAGCGAAACUCGUUCUUUUCCGUCCCAUGGGGUUCCUCUCAAAUAUCGAUUCAGGCUUUCCUAGCAAUCUUGUACUUGAUACCAGCACAAUUUCCUUCAAUUAUUUCUUAAAUGAUACUUAUUAAAGCUUUAGAAUGUUAGCGGCUUAAUAGCUCGUAAUCAAUUUCACAGUAAAUAUCAAUUAAAUGGGACGGAGAAUUCACGAAGUAAUUACCGAAUCGUAUAAUUUUGUCAAUUUUUUCACCACCUGAACUGCCGUAUUUUAUUCCUUUGCGAUUGUGAAACCUUUCGAAUACGAUCAAACGUUUUCUCCGGGAUUUCCUUUUUAUCGAUAAUGGACGUGCUCACGAUGAGAACACACGUUGGUUAACGUUAAACGUUCUUUAUGCUGAAAACGUUACUGUUAAUUUCAGUGUGUAAAGUAUGUUGUAAAGGUUUUGGACAAGUCCGUUUGUUGUUUGAUCGUGCGUUCUCGAAGCAAAAAGUUGACUAAAAGAAAAAGAAAGUAGGUUGAUUUUCGUUUCGGCUGGUCUGUUGUCUCUUUUAUCGAGAUCGGUUGUUGAAUCGUCGGCUCUUUCGCCCGUAAGCAACACUUUCUGUUUUUCAUCUUCUCGAGAAAUUUAUCAUUAGGAAGGCCAGCCACGGUUUGAUCUAGAGCUUGUAAAUCGUGUUAGUGAUCUCACCGUGGCGCAGCUGGGUAGUCUUUUUAACCGCGUAACGAGUAAGAACUAAUCGUUAUAAAAAAAAAAGUAUCUGUAAAUGAUCGUUUUACGCAAACACAUUACGCUUCUACUGUGCAAAAAAAAAAAAAAGGUGUUUCGUGCUAGUAUCGAACGCACAAAACGUAUCAUCUAUCUCGAUCGUGAAGGGAGGAAAGCGAACGAGAACGAAAAAGAACCGACAUAUGGGUCGCGACACCGGCAAUUUUCUCGACGACCCUCCGUCUCGAGAUGGAGCGAAAAUUUCACGUAUUCGAAAUCUGUCUAGCGUCGAAUAAUCGAUGAAAAUUGCUUUCUCCAAGGAAUCAGCGUUAUCGAUGCAAUAACAUUUAAUAAAUCGUGUCCGAUUCACAAUCGAGUCGUCGAUUAAAUAUAGAAGGAAACGCGAUCGAUCAGAUUUUCUUCGCGAUCGGUCGCGUCGAAGAGCGAAUAAGAUCGAUUCGUAUGAGAUUUUCACUCUGCCGUGCGUUAGGCCGCCCUGCGUUGUAAAUAGGCGAUAAGAUAGCGCGAGAAAACGGAACUCUUCAUGACAAUAUCGCCCCUAAAAGUCCUAAUUAGCUUCAUCGCGUGCGGCUACGCCGACGACGAUUCUCAUCAUACUCCAUUCUAUAUUUUUGUCUUCGAGAUCUUGAUUCAUCACGUUUCACGGAUCAUACUCGCUCGAGUUGGUCCAACGAUUAGAGCACGAUCACCAGAAUCUAAACCCGCAUCGACUUUACUCCUCCAUCUCUUCUAAAGAAAUAAAAGCUCGAUCGAACACGAUGCUAAGUAAAACGAUGAAUUGAAAUCGCUUAAAUAACUACGGAGACAACAGGAGAAAGUAUCGUUCUAGUUUUUUGGCCCAAUUCUACGAAAUACGCUUAUUACAAUUACAGAUGCGACAGCGAUUCGACUCUGUCUUCGAGGAAACCUGUCUUUUAUCGUUCACCCGUACCGAUCUGGUCGGCGAUCGUUCGUGAACCAUUCGUCGAACGAUCGUCGCCAACGUGAGGGCGUACUUUCGCGCCAAGUACCUGCAGUAUACACGCGGUCGGUUUUUUCGUUUUACGAGCAUCGUGCGUGAGAAAUGCACGAAAUAUACUGCGAACGACGCCGUGGAAGGUGGUCGAGGAGAGUCGACGAGGGUUGUCGAAACUGCGAAAUUCGAGGUGUCUGGUAUCGAUCGAGGGCUGAGGGGAAAACGAAGGAACGGAAUCAUCCAAUGUUCAACGAUUAUACACCGAAACGUUUGGGUAUUGAAAGGCUCUUCUCAUUUUGUGUCUUGGCGUAAAAUCUAAGAUCACGAUCGCGCGAUCGGAGUAUCCAAUUUCGUCGUGCAUUUUCUCUCUCUUUCUCUUCCUCCCUGUUAUCUGCCUUUCUGUUAAGAGGAAGUUAGUCGAUCGUUCGAUAUAUCGAAUUCUGAUCUUUCGUUUUAGCAGAUCGUUGCCUAGAUAGAAGAAAAAUGUAUUGGCGUCGGAUGCGCCGGUUCGUAGUUCCCUUCUACGAAGGAAGAUGUUUGUGCGACGUGCUUGGAUACUUCGUUCAUUGUAUUUAUACAUAUAUAUACAUAUAUUAUAUGUGUGUGUACAUAUAUAUGUAUAAUAUACAUACCUGUUAUUUUUCUUCGAACAAAAUAGUGAGCGUGUACGUGUGAUAAACGUAGAAUGAGUUAGAGAGACAGGCAUGAUGGUGUGUUGCAGACGAAGAACGAUAUACAUAUACAUAUAUAAAUAUAUGAUUAUAUAUAUAUAUAAAUAUAUAAAUACGUAGAAGUACGUGUGCAAAAUUGUGUAGGUGUGCGUAAAAAAGAAUUUCGAUAAGCUCGUUCUUACGUCGCUCGGUUCGAACAUCGCGAGUCGAUAUAUUGUCGCGUGCAUGUGUCGGUGCGAGAUCGCGCGUUUUCCAAAAACGCUUCGGAAACCGAAUAAAAUGCGCAUAUAUACACAUACGCAUAUAUAUAUAUACACAUAUAUAUAUAUGUAUAUGCGUGUAUGUAUGUAUGUAUAUUUGUAUAAAAAUAACAAUAGGCACGCGAAGGAUCGAAGAGAACGGAGAAAUUUACGGCGAUCGGCAUAGCUUCAAUCUUUUUUCUCUUCGUUCACGUAGGUCACGAGGUCCGUUGAAAAUCUCCGUUCUUUUCCAUCGGCGAAUUUUCACGAAACGGAACGAUUUUCUCAGCGAUUUCACGAUCCUGCCACGCUCACCUUUCUCUUUCCACUCGCUCUCAUUCGGCGCGUACUUCUCUCAGUCCUUUCGAUUCCCUUUAUCCUCCUGUACGUCCAUCCAGCGUGGCCAAAAAACACGGCCUCCGUCGCGAUUUUCCAUAGGUAGCGUAUCGUAGCGCUGCGUUCAGACCUUCUUUCGCGCGGUCAUCCUUCCGCUAUCUGUUUGUGUCGUUGCCUGGCUGCGUGUGUUGCAAGGGUGCGAUGCGUCGCGCGUACUAAACGCGCGUGUGUGCGUGGGUGGGUGUCGAAGAUAUGGUCGGAUUGAGUUUACAGAAUCACACGAGACUUCCAGGGAAACGAUCAGUCAGUACUGUUAGAGAGACGAAUACGCGAAGAGCGAAAAUCCGCCACGAGGAAAGCCACUCGACCUUAAGGACGGAUAACGCGUAUCGCAGAACUCUCCGUUACGACUGUGGCACCACGAAUCGGAAUACGCGUCUUGUAGACGUAACCACGUUUCUUCUCGCAACUCGAACUUCCCUCGAUGUAUCUCGUAACGGGUCUCUCUAUGGUGCAAGUUUCCGGUCCCGAAGCGAAAAACUUGCACCUAUAACGGUCGUUCCGGACACAUGGAACCAGGACGAUCGUACGACAGUUUCGAUAGAUUCAAUGGGAACCUUCGAGCGUGUACCAAGAAGGAACGUUUCUCUGGCCGCGCGUGCGGAUAAUUGCGCGACGAUCCACGAAACAGCGCUCUCCUCUUUGAUCCCGCGAGUUUCCGGCUUUCCUUUCAUUGCGUCCAUCCGAUUCUUUUUACAGACCAUCGAAGAAAUCUCUAUUGAGAAGAUAGACCUUUUUUUUCCUCUCGUUUACGUCCGAUCGCGUGUUUUCGCACUCUAAUCAGAGCAGGGAUUAGCGAACGAAGCACCGUGAAACGAGCUAAAUAGCCGGCGCCGCCACGGGGACGAAGAACACAACGAACGAUCGAAACACGGUGAUGCACGUAACGCGCGACACCUUGUUCCACCUUCUAUCGUCCCUCUCCUUCUUUCCUUCCAUCGAGCACAACCCAUAGAAACUGGCAAUAAACGCGAAAGAGAGUCCUGAGCUUGUCUCGUACACGCUUGAAAUACCAGUCUUUUUUCGCCGUUAACUCACGACGACGAUAGUACCACUCGUUGAGAGGGACAACGAACGCGUUUCUUUCGCUUUUUUCCUACUUUUUACCGGUGCCUUAGUUCUUUCUGUCUCUUUGUUUCGGUUGUCCCACGUAGUAUUCGCCGGGAACGCGAUAGAACGGUUAUGUUACGUGUCUGCCGAGUGGAUAGCACUUGUUCUUCUCUCUAUACGGUUCGGAUUUACUAGAAAACGUAAUUUUCCACGAGUUUCCUUUUUUUUUUUCUUCUUUCUUUCUCUUCCGUUAGGCUGUCUUUCGUGAAACUAGAGGUAUCGGGCGAUGUGUGACCUAAACUCUUUCUGGUUGUUUUUGACCUGAAAAACCGAGAUAAGGAACGAAUUAAGAAUCAAUGAUCGAAAUUCAAAUUUAACGUGGCGCGCAUUACAUGUAACUUGAUUCUCUAUUUUCAGACUCUUUUGCUUCUAAAUGAGUUUAAUACUAUUAUCCUCAUUGUGUUUCGAUAAGGAGAAACCGCGGUACAAAUUGUGCAAAAAUAUCUGUUUCCAAAUUUUGUCAUUUAAUAAACAACGAUAACACGUGGCAAAAUUUGAUCGAAGGGGAGUGAAAACGCGUGAACCAACGAGGGGAAGAGAUCGCGGGAGGACGCGAGGUAUGCACGUGUUCUGAUAUUACAAGGCAAGUUAGCUAUAACGUGCACGUAUCUGUACGUAAAUUUAGGAGGAAGGUUUGGCGAGUUGAUCCGCGAAUCUGUAAUAACGUCUACUUGGUAUGUGAGUUAGAGUAUUUCGCGUGUAGUAUGCAUGUGUGCGCGUGUCGUGUCGCCUGACGUGCGUGUGGGUAUAUCAGUACGUCCGUGAGACUGUGUGCGAGGUUACUCUCCGUGAUCGACUGUAAUUUUAUAUAAUAUUUGUAAGGCAAAAGAAAUAUUAUGUACAGUAUACCUGACAGUAAAUAAUAAGUAUCUACCUUAUACCUAA